AGAGAGAUUAAGUUUUAUGUUUCACUAGUACAGUCGUGUUAAUUGUAAGUACUAAUUAUAAUCCAUGUCUAUCUUAUCUACCAAAGCAAUGAUUAAGCCACAAGAAUAUAUGGCUAUGCAAGGAAAAACUGUUUUGGUAAUUGGUGUUGGUGGUUACUGCCAACGAUUUAUUUGGGAUGUUUAUAAAGAAUUUGGAAUUAAGAUUGUUUUGGUGGACCCUGAUAAUAAAAACUCUGCAAUUUCAAAGGUCAACUCAUUUAUUGAAUACGACUUUCUGAGUCAAAAAACGGAACAGGAACAUGCAGUAUGCAUAAUUAAAAUUCUAAAGGAAAAAGGAGUAACAAUAGACGGCUGUGUUACAUUUAUAGACACGUGCGGUCCUUUAGCCGCAACCAUUUGUCACCAACAAAAUUUACACGGCACAGGAAUUCAAGCAGCAUUUGUGGCUAAAAAUAAAGGCACAACCUAUGAUGUCUUACGAACAAAAGAGCAGACUAACCAGUUUAUUGUAAAAUAUAACCAAAUAAAUACUAUUUCUGGCCUUGAAAAUGCAUUUUCUUAUGUUGGAGUUCCCGCCGUUAUGAAACCUGAAAACGGAAGUUGUGGUGCCGGUGUAAAGCGUAUUACAGAUUUUAGAGAGCUCAAAGUUACUUAUGAGAAUGAAGCGUUAACACAUGGAAAAAAAUUCACAUUGAUGGAGUUCAUAGAAGGGACUCAGCAUGGUAUUGAACUUAUCCUAUUUCAGAGAGAGCUUAUUGCUUCUUUUGUAACCGACUAUGGCCCAACAAGGAAGGACAGGUUUACAGAGACAACAGCAACCAUGCCUAGUUGUUUAUCAAAAGGCGCAGUAGAAGAACUAAUGACUGCAGCGCAUAAAUGCUGUAUUGGAAUAGGGUUGGUCGACGGGGUUUUCAACGUUGAAAUGAAAAUGACCUCUAAUGGACCAAAGCUUAUAGAAAUGAACGCUAGAAUGCCUAGUUUUUAUAUUAGGGACUGGGUAUUGACAUGUUAUGGAAUUGAUCUUCUAUUGUACACAUUCAUGACUUGUUUAGGAAUUCGUCCAGAAAUUACAAAACCGGUUUCAACUCAUCGAAUAAUGGGCAUAACUUGUGUGCCGUCUGUUCACAAAGAACAGUUGCUGAAGUCACAAACGGUUGAUAUAUUCAAUGACAUGGAUCAAAGGGGAAUUAUAAGUUAUCAUCAGUUAAGCAACAGCCUAGAAGAGUGUGAGAAUGAUGGCGAUGAAAUACCAUUUUGUAGUCUUGCUGUCAUAGAUCAAGAUAUCCAAAAAACAAAAGACAAAUUGUUAAACGUCUGGAAUUCAAUUGGUUUCAAAACGGACAGUUACGAUAUAAAGUACUUUUUAAAAGACUUUUAAAAUUGGUAAAAUUAUUAGAAGUUCGAAACACUUCAAUUGGUUCAUAAUUAAGUACAUUAUAAAAUUAUGUUCGUCCUUUUGACAGAUUGCAGAAAAAAAUAAAAAUAAUAAACAGCAACAUGGCAAUAUAUAUAUUGGUAUUGAUAUGACGUGAAUUCUAAAAAGUUUUAAUUGAUAAUAAACUGAUCCUCCCGA